AUGGAGAAGUCAAGUUUGAUGGAUCAGUUUCGUAUGGGAGCUUCCACAGUCAUUCGCCAAGUGAAGACUGCACAGCACUACGUAUGUAGCCACAGGCUUCUACGUUUGAAGGCAAUGUCCAUAUGGGCGAUGCCGGUAGAGAGCAUUGAGGACAUAAAAAUACAGAACGGUAUUUUCAAAUACCGUGUUCGAUGGGUUGGCUGCAAACCUAGUGAAGACACGUGGGAACCUGAAGAGAGUUUCACCGGUUCUGAAAGUAAGGCCUUGUUGGAGGAGUUCCGAGAAGCACAUAAGGAAAAGGUUGAGCAGCUUCUCAAGGCCGACAAAGCGAGAAAAGCCAGGCGAACAAAGCGUGGUCCUCGAUGGGAAUAUGUAUCGGAAAUAGUUACGAGAGAAGAAAGUAGCAGUUUGAAGCCACGAGAACUUCAGGCCGAUGAUGUUUUCUACGGAAAACCGGCAGCGGAAUUGGCAGAUGCGCCUAGUGAAUUGAAGAAACUUUUUGAUCCUACUCACAAGAAUACAGCUACUGAAUUAUUCCUUACCACGACAGAUCCGUCGGUGAAGGUCACCAGAAGUCAGACAAAAGCGCUAAUAGGUUCAUCACGAGAGGCUUCAAGAUCCAAUACUCCAACGCUCUCGUCCAAAUUGCUGACGCCCGAUGACACUUCACGUGGUUCAGCGAGCCCUACUCCUCAACCAGCACCAAAAGGACGUCAAAGGAAAGGAAAAGCGCCACCUCAAAGGGCCACAAAACGGAAAGCCGCUGAACGAAAGAAGGAAUCUGAGACUGCAGUUGAAACCGUGGUUAUCGCUUCAUCUAGUGUGGCUGAAAAUCAGCUUCUGCACCUUUUCAUAGAUGUCUUGACUGCGAGCAUUGUUCUCACAAAUAGUUGUUUAGAAGCCGACAAACCUGCAAAGAAGGAAAAGCGCUCUUCAUCUGAGAAGGCACCAAAAGAGAAGAAGAAAAGAGAGAAGAAAUCUUCGUUGGAUACUGUAAUCUCUCCGCCACCGUCACAAGGGAAGGAUGCUGUUCAGCCUGAGAAGUCAUCAAGUCAGGAAACUGAAAUGGAGGUGGAUCAGCCAUCAUCUCAGUCGGCGAGUAAAGCCGCACCUGUCUCAGAAGAUAAUGCCACAGAAGGCAAGCCGAAAACGUCACCAGCAUCGAUGCAAAACUCCGAGUCAACCUCGAAACCGGCGCCAGUUAUGGGUCGAAGACGAGCUCUGCACCUUCUACCAGGUCCGAUAUCCAUCAACGAACCACUAACGGCACAAGUACUUAAUAACAUGCUGCGUGAACUGGAGAUCAAGUAUUAUGGCGACGAAGAAAGACAUCCUUACUCUCAAGAUCAAUUCAAUGAUGCAAUUUUGUCUGGUAACUUCAUGCGUGUUCGAAAAGCAAUGGUGAACAAUGUGCUGACGGCACCUCGUUUGGCGCUGUGGACGAAUCCAUAUGGUGCAAAUCUUCUCCAUCUGUUAUGUCGUUCAACAAAAUGUGAUGGACGUCAUGCGGGUGACGAUAUAGCGACAGUGCUCUGCAAUAUCGCGCCAUCUUUACUAUGUGGUCGCGACAGUAUUGGCAAGAUUCCAUUACAUGAUGCUGUUGACAAAGGACAGGUAAAACCGGAAAACCUUCGAAAGCGCCGUGCUUACGAGGUGCUUUCUAAGCACUCAAGAAUAAUCUCGAGUCAACUGCAGAGAGCUCGUAGGAAAUUCUCUCACACAAAUGGGCCACUUCCAGACAACGGUCAAUAUGCUCAUGUGUUAUUUUUAUACGUGUGUAGCGUGAAACCAGAAGGAGGCAUUUGGCAGACACGGUGCUGGGGUGGAUUGCGACUUGGCCAAGCGCCAUUGCACAAUGGACGACCGUUAGAGCCAACCAGUGUUGUUGAACGAGGCGAUCAUAUGAUAUUCUUCAUCAACCCUGUGAACGGUGUGAAUACGAUUCAGAUUAGGAUUAGCGAUACUGAA